CUGGUGCGCCUGCCUCCAGCAUCAUCAGGGUCAGAAAAGGAACCCCCUCCCAAUCAGCAGGAAAGCACCCUCCGUGCCAUGGAACAUCUCAGCUCAGGGAAGGCCAAACGUCUGGCCACACUGCUCUCUGGUCUGGUGGAAUGCAUGUUCUUUGCAGGAGUCAUUUUUGGAUGGGCAUCCUUGGUCUACGUCCUCAAGGAUUUGCACUACUUCAAGGACCUGUGUGUGCCAGUUGCCAAUCAGACAACAAAUUCCACACUGGAUGAAGACUGCCGUGCCCAGGAUGAACAGCUCUCCCUCACCUUCACUAUUGGCUCCUUCAUGAACAACUUUAUGACCUUCCCCACAGGCUACAUCUUUGACCGCUUUGGCACCACAGCAGCCCGUCUGAUUGCCAUAUCUUUCUACACUACAGGCACCCUCCUUAUCGCUUUUUCAUCAGAAGCCACUGCCCUGCUUUUAUUCCCUGCGCUGUGCUUGCUCUCUGUCGGUGGAAUCCUACUUAUUCUCACCAACAUGCAGGUUGGGAACCUAUUUGGAAAACAUCGCUCAACCAUUAUCACACUCUAUAAUGGAGCUUUUGAUUCUUCCUCUGCUGUUUUUCUCAUUAUCAAGCUGCUGUAUGAGCAAGGCCUAAAGCUGAAUACCAUGUUCCUCUUCAUCUCUGCCUGUAGUGUCUGGCAUUUGGUCCGUACUUUCUUCCUGAUGCCACGCUACCAUAUUCCUUACCCACUUCCUCCAGGAUAUACAUAUGGAAUGAGUUGUCAGAGGAGGUCCCGUUCAUAUCGCACUUAUGAGGAACAACGUCCUAAGAGCUCAGAUGAGGAUGAAGUGCAUGACUCAGAUACACUACAUGCUGAUUCAGUGCUUGGAGAGGAACAUCUCACCACCAAAGUGAUUGCAGGCAAAGGGAAUCCUGGGGUUGCAUCAAACAGCAAGAAGCCAGCCGUUAUGUCUUUCUGGAGCUGCGUCUGCUCCAAGCUAUUUUUCUGGCAUCUGGUGUGGCUGUCAGUGAUGCAGCUACGACAUUAUCUUUUCAUCGGUACUCUCAACCCCAUGCUGGAGCAGUUGGCUGAUCAAGACCCCACACUUGUGAGCAGCUACACCAAUGCCUUUGCAUUCACUCAGCUCUGUGGAGUCCUUUGUGCCCCCUGGAAUGGACUUAUCCUUGAUCGUCACAAGCGUGGAAAGAAGAAGGAGGGGAGUUUUCACGAGGUGGUGGACUCUCUCGCAGACCUGCGUUCCAGUGUGCUCUCGCUGGCCAUCACAGUGCUGCAGUGCAUGGCCUUCUCCAUUUGUGCCUCCAUUCCAGUGCUGCCUGUGCAAUAUGCCACCUUUAUUCUGCAGGUUCUGAGCCGCUCCUUUCUCUAUGGAGGCAAUGCUGCCUUUUUAGCUGUUGCCUUUCCUCUGGAACACUUUGGGAAGCUCUAUGGGCUUGUGAUGGGACUAUCAGCUGUGGUAGCUCUUCUGCAGUACCCCUCCUUCACCCUCAUCAAAGGCCCUUUGAAAGGAGAUCCCUUUUAUGUGAAUAUUGGUUUCAUAGCAUUAAUGCUUCUGGCUUUUGUCAACCCUUUGGUGGUGUUUUUGGAGUGCAAGCGACGGCAGAAGCAACAGGCUACACAGCACAAUUCAGACUCUCCAGCCUUGACUGCAGGAAAGUCAGGUCUGGAAUCUUCCAUCUGACCUCUUCAGUAUAUGGACUUCAGGAAACUAUUUUAACAAAAGGGAACUGUGAGGACACCUGAAAGGGAAUAGAAGAACCAGGUGGAAAAGGAUGCCUCAUCUCUCCAAGCCUUGCUCUCCACAGCCCAGGCCACAACGGAAAGAAAUGUGCUUAAGCACACAUAACGUGCUGUUGGAUGACAGCCCUUGCGGGUCAAAACCAGAAUUUCUAUUGCUCCCUCUUUAUAUAGCAUUAUUUUUCUAGAAUUAAAUCCAUAUUAUAUUCCCCCAAUAUGGGCUUUGAGGUGUAUUUUCAUUACCUUAAUUUUGCUCUUUUAUAGAGCUGUAUUUUGUGAACUGAAGAGAAAUAGCAGGGCUAAAGCUAGUUCAGAUUUUCCUAUUACAAUUUUUAAUAAGUCAGAAAAAAGCAAC